AUAAAAUCGUUGCGCGAUCGUGGCGCUGUUCUUACUGUAACGACAUCAAUGCGCACCAGUCUAGGGUAUAUCUACGAUGGUAUACCAAUCGCCAUAGAACUUGCGAAGAUUCGUCGAAGUACUCGAUGAACUUCGGGUGUUCCAAGGAUCGCUGUGCUUCUUAUGAAGUCUGCAAGGCGCAACAAAUGACAAAUGGAUGAAACUAAGCUUCACAAAUUCACUUCUACUUCCAUUUUAUGAUCGGAUGAUCAGGCUAAGUAUCGUUUGUCUAUGCUGGAACACUCGUCAUUAUCAAGAUGAACAUCAAUUCGAUAAGCAUUGCCGAUCUUUUUAAUUUAUUGGAAUCUAACAAACUUGGGGAGGUGGAAAAAAUCAAAAAAAUAUUCCAUGAACUUUUUCUGAAUACGAAAGACAAUUGGUUGGUAAAUGGACUUUUUGAUUAUUAUUUGUCUACAAAUUCCUUAAGGGCUGUUGAGGUGUUAGCCAGUGUCAGAGAUCCACAUGACAAGCAUCUUUUGGAUCGUUUAUCAGAAGCUCUUUCUAAACCAGGAAGUAGCAGCCAAAGAAUUCAGACUCUUACUUUGCUAGGUCACAUUGCCCGUCGACAACCUACAUGGCUAUAUAAACUUGCCAGUCAUGCUUUAUUUCGAGAUUUGCUUAAGUUACUUAAAAUGGAAGCAGAUACAUUAUCUCUUAUGAGUGCUCUACUCCUAUUGGUAAUGUUGUUACCAAUGUUACCUGCUGCUUUAGGGCCUUACCUUCCAGAAAUUUUCGAAGUAUUCGGUCGACUGGCAUCUUAUUAUCAUCAUCAAUCAUUGUCUUUGUUCUCUUCUCCUAUGCAUUUUACCUCGGCAGCAGCAGGAAAUAUUGAUAAAAAUCAUUUAUAUUUGUUACAUCUACAGGUGGGCCUAUAUAGUUUGUUCCACAGACUGUAUGCUAUGUAUCCAUGCAAUUUCAUUUCAUAUUUGAAACAACAAUAUCUUCAACGAGAUCAGUUAGCUACUUUUACUCAUACAAUUAGACCAAUGCUGGAUUCAGUGCGUAUGCAUCCAUUACUUGUAACUGCAUCCAAAGAUGCAGAGAUUUCUGCUGCAAGAUGGAAAAAAAUGGAGCAUCAUGAUGUUAUGGCAGAAUGUGGUCGGUUCACAUUGGACAAAUGCCGAGAAGAAGUAUUCAACACUGUAAAUUCACGUUCUACGCCACCUCCAGAUCACUCUUCUAUAUGUACUCCAAUAAACACAAGCGGAGGACUAGCAUCAUCAGAAAUUGCCAAUGGUGAAGAUGAAACUUUUUGGUCUCCAAGUAUGACUGUACCACCUCAAAGCCCCCCAUUUCCAGCUACAUCUCAUGAACAGCGAUCAGCUCCUUCAACGCCUAAUAAUAAUAGAAGCGGUACAUCUCCACCAGAAGCUGCAGUUGAAGCUACACCAGAAACAACUCCUGUCAAGGAUAUACGGAAAGUAUCAACUAGGCAAGUACCCGUGGGAUCUGCUGCAGUCCGUGCUUUAACCACGUUCGGCAAUGGUACAGUGGGACUAAGUUCUCGACCAUCGACACCAACUAGUUCUAUGAUUGGAACUGGAGACGGUAAUAAUGCGCAUGGGUUUAUUACGCACAAGAUAAGUAAAAUCAUCGCGGACAGACAGACUGUUAAAGAACAAAAACCAUCUGCUAACGUUGAAGAAGAUGCAAGAUUCGCAGAAAUUGAUACAAAUCAGAAUGGGAAAACCGAUUCGUGGCAAGAAGAUCAAGAGGUUUUAGAAAUUGUAACCUCGCGAAAUGCAGGAAAGCUGGAAUCUUCAAAAUAUACUGAUCGACAGCAGCAUCAUAACGAGAAAAUUCCGAACACCUUAGUAGCUAACUUGACGGAAAGGAUUUAUCAAUUACGCUUGUAUUCUCGACGUAAAAUUCCAGCUCAACACUUGGGAUCUAGUUCCGUUUGCAAGGUUCGAAGAAGUACGUCUUGUCCAAAUAUAGAAGUCAAGAAACAAAUCAAUAAUAAUAAAAUGGAUGAACCAAACUCAGUAGGGACAAAAAGUAUGGAGGAGACUGGAACCCAGACAUUUGAAUUGCUUCCGUAUGAAUACUUGUUACUAGGAAUUCUGGAUCAGAAAAAUCAGAUGAAUGUACAGAAACGCGAUCAGCAAAAUACAGAAUUUAGAUUGUCGCCAACGGCUAUGCUUGAUCGAUAUGUCGAAGCGUGCAUGCGAGCUAGUAACUUUUCCGGUGAUAAAAUAAGAACUGUCGCUAUUAAGCAGAGGCAAAGGAAAGAAAACGACACAGAAGAUGACGCCGGGGAUGAAGAUGGCUUAGAUGCUGAAUGUGCAAAUCAAUUGCUACAACUGAUGCAAAUUCAGUUGCAGUUUGAACGUCAGCGUAGAGAAGUCCAUGCUGAACGUAAUCGAAGACUUCUCGGUAAACUGAGAGACUCGCGAGCAUUAGAGGAACACAAUUAUGCUUUAACUGAUCGACUAAAAUUGAUGGAAAAGGAAGUGGAAGGCUUGAAAGCUGAAUUGGAAUCGAACAGGCGAGAAGCAUUGAAGGCCGAGGAACGAUACAAAGAGGCAUUGUAUCACUGGCAAACGAAGUGUGUAGAAGAAGAACGAGAGAAUCAAACAUUAAAGGAUCGUCUUGAGUCUAUAGAAGUUGAAUUAAAGAACGAACAAAAGAAAGUAACUGAAUACGAGCAACGAAUUCGUUCCACAGACGCAUCUCUAUUUGAUGCAGGACAUCGACUGAGAGUUGCUUUAAAAGCUGCAGACCGUAGCAAAGAAUUAGAACGUACUCUUGACACUCUACAGAAGAAAUUCCUUUUGCUUGGAGAGGCACAAGCAAAACUGCAGGAAAGCACAGGAGGUUUAUCACCAUUGACCAAACAAGAAACGACACAAAUACAGCGGUCAUACACGGAGGAAUUAACUAGUAAGUGUGCUGGAUGCAUUUAUUAAGUCUAGAACAAAUACGAUUCUUUAAAAUGAAUCACGUAAACUUUUGCAAAUCACUAUUUUCAAAAUAGAGGAAAGAUAUCGAUAAAUCGUUCGUUUUUUAUGCCCACGCCUUGUUUCUAUAUGACAUGAAUCUAUAAAUCAACACGGAAAGUAUACCAUAUGUACCGAAGUUUAAUGUCAUUCCAAAAUUAUUAAAGUUCCAAGAAAUUUCUUAGAGAAUUACAAACAAUAUAUUCUGUCACCAUUAAAGUUUCAACAAAUAGUUUGUCGAUAUCUUAUUUGGUGUAAGAAAUGUUGAUUGAUAGCAGAAAGUGAUUCGGUCUGUACAAGCAACAAUACAAAUUACGAAGAUCAGCGUAAGGUUGUCGAA